GUUGAAUAUAAAUAGAUCGUUUAAAUACGUUUGUUAUUUGUAUUAGAAAUUAUUAGGUGAUUUGGUAAAUAUUUAAUUGUUUACAUGUUUGUAUAAAUAAUGGCUAUUUGUUACUUUGUAAGGUUCAAGACGUUAGUGACAGUAACAUAACCUAAAACUAGUAACGAAACGUAAAGUUGUUAAUAUAUCAUAAAGCUGUUAGAAUGUCAUAAUUAUAUAACUUUAUUAAAGAUGGCUGAUGUAAGGUUACUCAUACAAGAAGAAGGUCGGGCAGCUAGAAAUUUGAUAGCUUUUAAUGUACCAGUUGGAACGAACAGUACUGAGAAGGUUACCAAAAAACCACCUAGUGUUCCAAGAAUAUCACAAACAAACACUACUAAGAGGUCUAUGAAACCAACACCUAGAGUAAGAUCAGCUUCUACUGGUCGGGAUAAAAAAUCUGAAUUACAGGCAAGAUACUGGGCAUUUUUAUUUGGUAAUUUGCAAAGAGCAGUAGAUGGCAUUUAUCAGACAUGUGAAGAAGAUGAAAACAUUUCUGAAUGUAAAGAAGUGAUAUUAGUUUUAGAAAACUAUACUAGAGAUUUUCACAAUUUGAUUGAAUGGUUUAAAGUUAAGUGGGCCUAUGAAAAUUCGUCACCUCCCUUAAGACGUACUCCUUUAGCUUGGGAAGUUAGAAAAACUUCUCCUUGCCGGAUAUGGAAUUCAACAAUGAUUCCAAAAUCCACUAGUCCCUUACAAAGAAUGAGUCCUACAGAAUCUGUUUGUAGAAGCCCUGUGGAUCAAAUUAUAUCAGAAAAUAAAUCUGUUACUACAGACAAUAAAACAACUCAUAUAAAAGGAGAAAGUGUGCACAAAUUAACAAAGGAAAAUAAAAGUAAUGUUUCCAAAAAUAAUAUGACAAAUGUAGGUGAAAAGUAUAAAAAUUCAGACAAGAGUACAAAUCAAUCAUUGAAUAAGGAUAAAUUAACUUCAAUGAAAGUGAAUAAAACUCUUGUAAAACACACAGUAGCUACAAAAUCCAGUAACAGCAUUAUUACAGAGCAAAAAUUAAAUGAUAGUUUAUCUCGCGAAAUAAAAACUAAAAUGGACACUAAAAGUUCAUCAAAAUCAGUUAAAACUGGGAUACAAUAUGCUACCAUUAAAAUAACAGAUUCUAAUGUAAUAAAUGAGAAAAAUGAACAAACCGUUUGUAACGAUAAAAAUGUGCAAUUAACUUGUACAUCAGUAGAGAAAGAAUUUUCUAAAUCAAAUAGCAUAGAUAAUAAAUUGAAUUCUCAAAAUAAUUUUCAAAUAAAACCAUUGGGCCCUAAAAAUGAUUUAGAACUAGGAAAAAAUGAAAUUAAUUCUAAAGUAAAAAGACAAAGUACAGGGAAAAAUAUUAAAACUGUUGGUAUAGAAAAUGUAGCUACUGAAAAUAAAAUAACAGAAUCCAAUAGCGUAAUAAAAGAAAAUAGUAAUACUAUAGUAAAUAAAAACAUACAGAAUACUGCAAAAGUUUCAAACAAAAUUAAUCAAAAAAUAAAAAGGCAACCAAGUGUCAGUGAUAAUGCAAAUAAAACCACAACAAAAUCUGUGUCAGAUACAUCACCCAGUAAUUCUACUAAGGAAUUAGUUACUGCAAAUAAACCAGCAUAUUCUACAGUAUCUCAAAUGAAAGUUGUUAAAUCAAAGCAACCAAGCUUUCCAGAAACUCCAAAAUUUGUUAGAAGCAAAACCACAUUAAGUGACAAAAAUACAUCAAUUUCAAAUAAAACAAGACCUGGGACGUCUGUUAUAGUUAGGCAACGAUUUCAGUCAACUGACAAUAAGAUUUCAGAACAAAGUUCAUUAAAAAAGGAUCAAAAUAGAGAUAUAAAUGGUUCAGUAGAGGUAUUAACGAAACAGACGCAUAUAAAAACUAAAGAGGAAACCGACGGUUGGCAAACAGUUCGAAGUCGUUAUAGAAGAGGCAGUACACAUAAUUUAAAUAUGUCUACAAGAUUUCAUAAACCAAGUACUGCAACAUCGUUACCAGCUUUAUCAAUUGAAAGUCCCGUUGAAAAGAAUAAAACAAAUUGUUUGACUCCAGAUGGAAACUGUAAACAGAAAAGGAAAUGUAUUGUAGAGAAAGAAGGGAAAAAUAUAAGUAAUGAAGUAGAAAAAGUUAAAGGAGAAUCAGCUGUAAACCUUAUCAUUAAGGAUAAGGUAGAAGAAGUUUUUAAGAACACUGUUAAUUUAAACGAAAUAAAUUCUACAUCAAUGAUCGCAGCUAUUUUUAAAAGUGAUGCGGAAUUACUUGAGAAACGUAUACAACAAUUUAUGGCCGCUCAAGCAGAAAGAGAAAGAAUAAUUUUAGAAGAGGAAAGGAAAACCGAGGAAGCUGAUUCGCAACGAUCGCAACAGUUGUCAGAUGAAGAAGCAUCCUUACAUAGGCAAAUUUUAGAACUGGAAUGCGCUGAAACUGAUGUCGAUACUGAAACUGAUGAAACAGAUGGUGAAAUGAUUCUUGAAAUGGAAGAUGAGCAAAGAACAUCUCCCAAUACAAUGCCUGAUGAUGUCAGUUUAGAAGAUAGAUAUGAAAACAUGUUAGAGGGAAUGUCUUGGGCAGAAUGUGUAGAUACACUUGCUCAACUACAUGCAUUAGUUGCCCGUCAUCCUGGUAGAGCUUUAGAAUUGCAUCAGAAAUUAUCGUCUCCAUCUCGAAAAAGAUCGUUACCUGAGACAUUACGACGAUAUCAAGCGAAACAAGCUUGCGCACAACACAAACGUCAAAAACUAUUAAUGGAAAAAUCGCAAAGAUUGCGAGAGUUAUUGAAUAAAGUAAAAGAUGUUAAAAGUGCAAAGAACCAGCUAAUAGAAGAUAAAAGGAUUAGAAUGGAAAUGAAGUUAAAAAAAGCAGAAGAAAAUAGAACGCAACAUUUGAUGGAAAUAGUAAGAAAAGCUCACGAUGAAGAUUCUAAAUUAAAGGAAAUUGCAUUCAUUAAUGAGCUUGAAGCACAAAAUAAGAGACACGAUUUUAUGGCGUUGUGUCAAGAACAAGAAGAAAGAUUGCAAGGAAUUCAAGAAGAACGUCAACGCCGACAAGAAGAGAAAGCUGCUAAGGAAGCUGCGGCCGAAGAACGUAGACGAGCUUUGGAAGCAGAACGACAGUUGCGUAUUCAAAAAAUGAAACAAGCUCGUCGUGAACGUGAGGAAAGAGUUGGUAAGAUGCAGUUGGAAAGAGAAAAAGAACGACAGGAACUUGCAAGAGAAAAAGCUAGAGAUAGAGAAGAACGCUUAUCAGCGCUUCAUGCAGCGCAAUUAGCAAAUCAAGAAGAACUACAAAAGAAAAUAGCUCAAAAGCAGCAAGAAUCAGCUAGAAGGCAUGUUGAAAACAUAGAACAUAUUCGACAAAGAGCAGUUGAAUCUUCGAUUUUAAGAUCGGAAGAAGUUCCACCUACAUUAAAAUCUUAUCCUGCUCAAAAGCAGUGUUCUUUAUGUGGAACUCUGAUACCUAAUGAAGUGUAUCUGUUAAGCCAUUUAAAAGGGAAAACGCAUCUCGAAGCAGUGCGAAAUACUCACGAUAGUCGAGAACCAUCACGAGAUGAAUUACAACGCUUUAAUAUAUCUCAAAUUCGCGAUGUUCCAAUAUCGGUUAUUGAUAAUAGUAAUUCAAACGAAGUUAAAGCUGCGAAAGAGAAGCAGAAAGCUUUAAAACGUCGAUGCAGAAAAAUAAAACAACGUAUGACUCUGCGUGGUAAAGAGUGGGAAGACAAUCACAAGACAGAAGCGAAUCAAUCUAUCGAGUCAUCUAAUAAAGCCAAAUUUCGUCGAAAUUUGAAAGAAUUGGAUAGAUUGUACACUAGUCAUUCAAAGACUGCUUGGUCGAGCGUCGCUAUCGCAGCUUUGGAACGUUGUUUGGGUGAAAUGACGAGAGCUUUUUCAAAAUUGUGUUUGUUUGAUCAGAUUGUAUUUCGAAUUUUAAAUGGAUUCGAUAUCUUAACUAAUUUGUUAAAUUUGGGACUACAAACACAGAAUGUAUCUCAUAAUUUACCAAACAAGAGCAUUCUUUCGGUGUGUCGUGUAUUUAAAUUAAGUGUCAGCGAAAAUGAUACUAAUAUUGAAGCGGUUUUGUCAAGUAAUAAAAUUCUUGUCAUCUUGGAUCUUCUGCUUCAGCAUUUAGAGACACUGACAAAACUUGAUGACCAGAGCCAAGUGCAGGAGGCAUCCGGUAAUUCCACCGGAAGUGGAAUCGUAGCCAGCAGCUUGAUGCAAUUGCUGUGCAGUUUGAUCCCGGAGGAACCGUUUGAGAAAUCGGCAUUGCAAACGCGGGUCCAAGAUAUCGCCGGGUGAGUAGCUGAAAUAUACACCAAAUACACGUGUGCUUCUUCCAUGUUUUCACGUUACGAGACCUUAAAAAUUCCGACGUGUAGGUACACUUAGGGUCGAUCGUACUUUACGCGCCGGUGUCAUUUCCAUUCUCAGGGAAGUGCGCCAUUUAAAGUAGCGUCGUGCAUUAAGGUGCAGACGUCACGAAUGUUUUCCUUGAAUUAGAAACGUGAGAAAAUAUACGAAGCGGAUGCAACAUGGUAGCGUAUUUUAUUAGGCU